AUGUCCAUGAAAAACCCAUUAAAGGGGAUGCGAAAGCAUGCCAGUUCUCACUCUGGAAGGGUGUUUAGUGAUAGGAAAUGGACUAUCCCUUUUUUCGCGAGCUUGCUCGUCUCUCUAACUCUCUUCUUAUGGGCUAUUUUUGGGCUUUUCUCGUCCCCUAAUGGCGGAGAUGAGUUUCCAUUUGAGGUCAUUUCGAUUUCGAGAUCAGAGGGUUCAAGUGACUACUUUGUAGAAUCAGAACUGAAGUUGAGAAUGAAUGCAAGUAUGGGUUCAAAGUUGGAUGCCCCUAGGUUGGCUUAUCUCAUUUCUGGGACAAAAGGCGAUAGUCAUAGAAUGAUGAGGACUUUGCAAGCUGUGUAUCAUCCACGGAACCAGUACAUCUUGCAUUUGGACCUUGAGGCCCCGCCUCGUGAAAGGCUAGAAUUGGGUGCAUCUGUGAAGAGUGAUCCGACAUUUGCUGAAGUUGGGAAUGUGCGUGUGAUGGUGCAAUCCAAUUUGGUGACCUAUAGAGGGGCUACUAUGGUUGCUUCCACAUUGCAAGCUAUUGCCAUUAUGUUGAAGGAAAGCUUGGAAUGGGAUUGGUUCAUCAAUCUUAGUGCUUCUGAUUACCCACUUGUGACACAAGAUGAUUUGCUAUACGUGUUUUCCAACAUCUCACGGAAUCUCAAUUUCAUUGAGCACAUGCAGCUGACUGGCUGGAAGCUGAACCAAAGGGGGAAAUCGAUAAUUGUUGACCCAGGAUUGUACUUGUCAAAGAAAUCUAACAUCGCUAUGACUACUCAACGGCGGUCCCUUCCUACAUCCUUCAAGUUAUUUUCAGGUUCAGCGUGGGUAGUUCUCACGAGAUCCUUCGUCGAAUACUGCAUAAUGGGUUGGGAGAAUCUCCCACGAACCAUGCUCAUGUACUAUACCAACUUCAUCUCCUCUCCAGAAGGCUACUUCCACACCAUCAUAUGCAACAAUGAGGAAUUCCGAACCACAGCCAUAGGCCACGACCUUCACUACAUUGCCUGGGAUACCCCACCAAAGCAGCACCCUAUAUCCUUGACAAUGAAAGACUUUGACAAGAUGGUUAACAGCAGUGCUCCAUUUGCCCGGAAAUUUGCAAAGGAUGAUCCGGUUCUAGACAAGAUUGACCAGGAGCUCUUGGGACGGACCCAUCGAUUCGCUCCAGGGGCCUGGUGUGUUGGUGAGACAGAUAAUGGGUCUGACCCGUGCUCUGUGCGUGGGGAUCAUUUGGUCUUUAGUCCUGGCCCUGGAGCGAAAAGAUUGCAGGAACUGCUUCGGACAUUGCUGUCAGAGGAGUUUCGGAAGCAACAGUGUCUGUGA